CACACCUGAUUACAUUUUGUCUGUUACUUGAAAACAAUUUUAGCAUAUAUUCAUGCAGAGUGCAUUUACCAGAAUGAUUCAUUAUAAAUGUAGACAAGGAUUCUAUCCAUCCAGUAACGUGAAUCGCUUUGAUGUACCUGAAAAUAAAGUUUCAUGGAAUAUUGAAUAUGCAGAAUAUAAACCAGUUGAAUAUACAGCACCAGUUCUUAAAGGAAAACCAUGGGCGGAUCCGGAAAUUAGCGAAGUUUCAUUUAAACCAAAUUGGAACUCUAUUGACGGAAAGGUGAAUCGUAAGAGUUUUACGGGUAACUACGUUCUAAACAAGGAUGGCUAUCCUUUAAAUCCUAUCGGUCGCACCGGUAUUAUCGGACGUGGUCUGUUAGGAAGAUGGGGACCAAAUCACGCGGCAGAUCCAAUUGUAACUCGUUGGAAACGAAAUGCUGGAGGAGCCCCAGAAAUAAACAAAGACACGAAAAAACCAAUUCUACAAUUUGUUACGAUACAAAGACGAGAUUCCGGCGAAUGGGCCAUUCCCGGUGGAAUGGUCGACCCAGGUGAAACAGUCUCAACGACUUUAAAAAGGGAGUUCAUGGAGGAAGCUAUGAAUUCUCUAGAAAAAAGUAAAGAAGAGAGAGAAAAGUUAGAAAAAUCUGUUAGAGAUUUUUUUGAAAAUGGGGAAGAAAUUUAUAAAGGAUAUGUGGACGAUCCUAGAAAUACAGAUAACGCUUGGAUGGAAACUGUAGCCUUGAAUUUCCACGAUUAUGAUAAUAGUAUUGUUGGGAAAAUAACGCUAGUAGCUGGAGACGAUGCGCGAAAUGUGAAAUGGAUGGACAUUGAUAAAAGUUUGAAUUUAUAUGCCAAUCACAGUGAAUUUAUAAAAAAAACAAUACAAAAGCAUGAUGCACACUGGUGA